AACUCAGUCCCAAGUCCCAACUCCCCAUCUCCUCCAAGCAGAGAUCGUCUUGACGCUGAGGAAGGGGAAGUGAGAGUGAGAGCAGCAUAAUGGGGCGGUGGUGUUCGCCGGCGUCGGCGGAGCCGCGGUCGGUGCAGCUGCUCCUGCUGGGCGUCGCCCUCGUCGCCGCCUCCUUCUACGCCGGCACCCUCUUCCAGUCCUCCGCCUCCCCCGCGCUCAUACUGCCCCCUUCCGUCUCCCGGUCGCCCGGUACCUCCAAUCCCCAAGAUGCUUCAGAGUUCACAAACAAAGUUGGUGUUACUUAUCGAACGGCAUCAAUCUCAGUUCCUGAUUAUGGACUUGAUGUGUGCCCUUUGGAAUACAACGAGCAUAUUCCCUGUCACGAUGCCGCCUAUAUAAGAAGCUUAAGGAACCUGGAUAGAUCUAGACACGAGGAUCUUGAAGCUAAAUGCCCUCCACGAGAGGAGAGCUUGUUCUGUUUGGUGCCCCCACCAAAUGACUACAAGAUACCGAUAAGAUGGCCAACAAGUCGGGACUAUGUAUGGCGUAGUAAUGUGAAUCAUUCACACCUUUCUGAGGUAAAAGGAGGACAGAAUUGGGUGCAUGAGAAUGGUAAGCUUUGGUGGUUUCCUGGCGGUGGCACUCACUUCAAGCGUGGUGCAUCAGAAUACAUAGAGAGGCUAGGAAAUAUGACAACCAAUAGUACUGGUGAUCUCCGCUCUGCAGGAGUUGUUCAGGUUUUGGAUGUUGGAUGCGGUGUUGCCAGCUUCUCUGCUUAUCUUCUUCCCCUAGAUAUUCAUACUAUGUCAUUCGCGCCAAAAGAUGGCCAUGAGAAUCAAAUCCAGUUUGCUUUAGAGCGUGGGAUUGGUGCAAUGAUCUCUGUGUUGGCCACAAAGCAAUUACCGUAUCCUGGAAAUUCAUUUGAAAUGGUUCAUUGCUCCCGAUGUCGUGUUGACUGGCAUGAAAAUGAUGGAAUAUUGCUCAAAGAGGUCGAUCGUCUUUUGCGACCUAAUGGAUAUUUUGUAUAUUCUGCUCCACCAGCUUAUAGAAAAGAUAAGGAUUUCCCUAUUAUCUGGGAGAAGCUAAUUAAUAUCACAUCAGCAAUGUGUUGGAAGCUUAUUGCUAAGCAUGUUCAGACUGCUAUAUGGAUCAAACCUGAAGAUGAAUCUUGCCGACAGAAAAAUGCUGAUAUGGGGAUCCUGAAUAUCUGUGACCCCGGUGACACUUCUUCAUGGCAAGCUCCAUUAAUGAACUGUGUUCGGUUGAACACGGACCAAUCAAAAAUUCAGAAACUGCCUUCCAGACCUGAACGCCUGUUAUUUUAUUCGAGGAGUUUGGAAAUAAUAGGAGUUACUCCAGAGAAGUUUGAGAAUAAUAACCAGUUCUGGCGGGACCAGGUUCGCAAGUACUGGUCAUUUCUUGGUGUUGAAAAGACUAGCAUACGGAAUAUCAUGGACAUGAAUGCUAAUUAUGGUGGAUUUGCUAUGGCACUAAGCACUGAUCCUGUCUGGAUUAUGAAUAUAGUACCCUAUACAACCAUCAACACACUGCCUGUUAUCUAUGACCGGGGGUUAAUUGGUUCUUACCAUGACUGGUGCCAGCCAUUCUCAACAUAUCCUAGGUCAUAUGAUUUGCUACAUGCUUUCCACCUCUUUUCACACUAUCAAGGUCAUGUAGGAGGUUGCUUAUUGGAAGAUAUCAUGCUAGAAAUAGAUCGCAUCAUUCGUCCACAGGGUUUUAUCAUUAUCAGAGAUGAGAAUACCACUCUCUCAAGAAUCAGUGAUCUCGCACCAAAGUUCCUAUGGGAUGUCACCAUUCACACGUUGGAAAAUGAGGAAAACAGGCCGGAGCAGGUGUUGAUUUGUAGGAAGAAAUUCUGGGCUAUAGUUUGACUGGUGCUUGUGCCUGAAGAUUUUAUCUUAUGUCCUAUCUCACCAUCCUGUAUCUUGCUGACACAACAUGAGAAAGAUUUUCGGAUGUACAAAAAGGUUUCAAGAUGUUCCUCCAGUAUGCACAAGACAUUUUCUCGCGGAUUCUUUCCAGCUGAGGUCAUCGCAUUACAGAAAAAAAAAAUCUGAGGACAUGACUGGGAUUUUCUUCAGGAAAUCUUCAGCCUGCUUUUCAGUGGUUGUGAUUUAAUGCCAACUUCUUAUCUCGGAAUGACGAAUCGGCGGGUCUAGGACAAGAUAACCAAUGACUUUUCUAGAUUUUCAUGUAAUUUGCUAAUUUUGUAAACUAGUUUAGUUUAGGCUUUUCCUCUUCUUCUGGAGAACCUUGAUUACGACAUACAGUUAUGCAGCAAAUGAUGAGGCAUAGUUUUUAAGUUA